GAAAUCCGCACUAACACUUUUCCCCCCAACCAGCCUUCAAAUAUAGAGUUAUGACCUCAUGAUCCAUUAGGUUUCCUUCUUUUUGACGUCACCCCCCAAAACCUCCAAGACUUGUAUAAAAGGACGCUAUCUGCCAGCAGUCUUGCCUUGGAAUAACAAUCUGUGUUUUGAAAAAAGACAUAUCAACACCAUAUCAAAGAAUACACUCUCAAACCAUGUCUACGUCCAUUCACCUUCCUACUGAUCCUGCCGUCAAAGCCGGAAACCCCUACCCAAAGAGCGAUGCUCCCACUCCACACAGCGACGUGCAUAUUGGCGGUGGGGAUGCUACAACAAAGACCAAAUCUUUGGACAGCGGGACGACGGUUAAGAAGCAGAUUGAAGAUUUAUACAAACUGAUCGAUGGAAUCGAGACGGCAAUGAUGACUACGCGGGCACCGAAUGGGUCGCUUGUCAGUCGCGCGAUGCAGACGAGGAAGCGAGUCCAUGGAGUUGAUCUAUGGUUCGUGACAGACAACCAAUCCCACAAACUCGAUGACCUCAACUUUGACCCACACGUCAAUAUCGCCUAUUACAGGCCCAGCACCUCCAACUGGGUCUCCGUCUCUGGCCGUGCUCGGAUAGUAAACGACCGCAACAAGAUCAAAGAACUCUGGUCGGAUGAUCUGCGAGCCUGGUUUGGUGAUUUACAGGAUGGUGUUCACACGGGUGGCCCCGAGGACCCUCGUAUUAGUUUGAUUUUUGUGGAAGCAGAAUCAGCGCAUUAUCAAAUUCAGGAAAAGUCUGCGCCCAGGGCUCUGUUUGAUAUCAUUAAGGGGUCGUAUACGGGAGAGCGUCCGCAUAUUGGACCGACGCGGGAGCUUGACGCUGCAGCAUUAGGGGCAGCGAGAAAGCUUGAAGAAUAGGGGCAUUUUGUAAAUAUUAUGUGUAGGAUCCUGUUUAAAAGAGACGAUUUUCUGGUAUCUUUGACCAAAA